AUGAAGCAGAAAGAAGUGGAGGAUGUCUUUGGCGGGAAGGAAGAAUUUGCGAAUGCCGAUAGCAUGGCUACCCAGUGCCCCGCAGAGAACUGCAAUGGCGACCGUGCAUAUUUCUUCCAGCUGCAGAUUCGAAGUGCAGAUGAACCUAUGACUACAUUCUUGAAGGUGGGUGGCUUCCCUAGUUCAUGCGGACGACUUGCAUAUAGCGCGCAUACUGACUCGGUGGUCAACAGUGUACCAGCUGCGGUGCCCGAUGGAGAGAAAACUGAAGCUUCAUUUUCCGGCGUUCAAGAACGGGAAAUGUCCUAUUCCAUAUUCGUAUGGUAA